AUGGUGGAGUACGGAAAAAAUGAUUCGUUUGUCCUGGGACACAAGCGGGAAGCGGGAAUCACUACUACUAUCCGCAUCUAUUGCAUCUAUGCUCAGGAUGGACUGACGCCGCUACAUCUGGCGGUUCAAGAGGACAAAGUUCCGGUUGCCGAGUGCCUACUUGACGCCGGGGCACCGAUUGAUGCUCCCACGCUGGAGGCCGGAUUCACUCCGCUUCACACUGCCGCAUAUCGUGGUCAGUUGGCCUCGGUCCGUCUCCUUCUGUCUCGUUUGGCAGAGACUGGCCGAACAGAUGCCGUGAAUGCUCGGACGCGAAUGGGUUCGACUCCAUUGCAUUUGGCCGCACAGCAGGGACAUUUGCAGGUUGUGCUGAAAUUGCUACAAUCCGGUGCAAAUCCAAAUGCUCGAAAUCGGGUCAGUUCAAUUCUCGAUGACACUAAAAUUGUAUUAAACCGAUCCUCGUGUUUCUCCGUAAUGCGAAUCUUUGAGGUUUGUAACUCCUUUUGUUGGCUUUCUCAUCUCACGUUGGAGACGGAUCGAUCAAUUGCUAUUUAUUGCGCAAUCCAGUUUUGA